AUUUUUGUGAAACGAUUUUUUUAAACAGCAAACCAUUAUCAGAAAUCUUGCUCUCUUCAGUCUCAUCGACUGCCCCAUUUAAGAUUUAAGGUUGUAUACAACAUUUGCAAAAAAUCUCCAGCUAAAAGAACUUCCCAUAUUCAGUUUUUACGAAAAAAGUAUUGUAUCAUAAUUCCAUGAAGUAUAAUUGGAAGCUCUGCUUUUCUAAGUGCCUUUGCUCCUCCUUUUUUACGUUUUGGCACUGACUUCCGCUCCGAAUCAGCUGACAGGAGUGCGGAAGUGUAGUACUCUUGUAUUUACAUAUACGGGUCGUUGCUCCGGCAUAGCGGUACUUCCAAACAAAUCUUAUACAGAAUAGAGAACUGUGGCUGGUAGCUUGAAUAGUCGUGAAAAUAAAGCAAACGUCGGCAUUUAACAGUCUUUUAUAAAUUAGAACGUCAGUGAUGGCGAGCAACGAUUUAGGGAUCGUUGUUGAUGGAACUCAAGUGGAACACAAAUUCAAUAGACUUUGGAGAAAUUAAAGAAGUUAACUUUGACCAUAAGACAAAUGAAGAGGCACUUGAAAUUGCAAGAACGAAAAGAACUCUUUAAGAAGUGACAUCCAGAAAGAAAAGAAUAAUACAACAUGGUUGCAGCAGUAGUGAGUCGACAGCAUUGAUCACCAUCUGAAAACAACAAAUCAAGUCAAAUCCUGGGGACAUUGAAGACAUCCAGUCCAUACCGACACCACAGGACAAGGAUGAUCUUCAAAGGUGUCUAGGUCUUUUCAACUUCCUUGCUACAUACACAUUGAGCCUCUCAGAGAAGCCAUCUCCACUAAGAGAAGUGCUGAAUAAAUAUAGGCCAUUCCUAUGGCAGGAUGAUCACCAACAUGCAUUAAAUGCAUUGAAACAAGCACUGUCAACGAGUCAUGUCUUCAGUACUAUGAUCCUUGGAGGGCAACAACAUUUAAACAUUGCAGAAAAGUCUUGGUUCAUGUCUUCUUCAACACAGCAAGCUUGUCGCAUUCAGUUCAAAAAGCCUGCUGCCUGAACAAGCAAAUUACUUCAAUAUUGAACAAGAAACUCUUGCUCUUGUCUUCGGGAUCAUCUGGUUCCACACAUACUUAUUUAAGAAAGAGUUCACAGUUGAGACAGAUCACAUUGCUGGAGAAAACUGCUCACAGGUGCACUGCCUUGACUCCAGAGGUUACUCAUUGAAGUUCAGAGCUACAAAUUUCCAAUUGUUCGGAAGCUUCGGGGCCAUGAUGGAAGUGAUAUCUAACAACGGGAAAACCAUUCCCGGUAUAUGUAAACAAUGGUCUAUCAACUACAUCACAUCACCCCAAUAUUGUCAUUUGAAUGACAUGGCUGAACGUAUGGUCAGGACAGUCAAAUCCUUGAUCAAAGGCAUUCUGAAACUAGGUGCCAGUGAAACACCACAUCCCAGGAUUUUCAAUUUUUCCUAUUGUCUCAAGUUUCUUUUGUUGCGGUUUCUUAUAUCGGUCAAGACUGUGAAGGUGUUCCAGAAUUUCUUGGCAGGAAAUAUGGACAUUUUACAAAGCGUCUAGACCUUAGUUUCAAUUUACUGCGAGCCAUACUCCCAAAAGUUUACUGUGCGAGGGUAGAAUGAAAUGGGGCAUAUGCUGAGAAUACACAGUAGCAGUCACGAGGAAAGGCUUUUCGGAUGUGGAACAAGAUGAUCUGCAUCAACAAGAGCAGCUGCCUUCUCAACUACAUGCUGCUCCACAGGUCAUUGGAAGGGCUGGAAGAAUUCAUCUGCCUGGAAGAACUAAUCCUGGACAACAAUCUUCUCCGAAAUGACCUGAAGUUGCCUAGGUUACCACACCUUCAUACCCUGACAAUCAACAAGAACCAAAUAACUGAAUUAGACAGCCUUUUGGAUCAUUUAGCUGAAGUGGUGCCUUGGCUUAAGUACCUCAGCCUCCUAGGAAAUGAAGCCUGCCCCAAUGAACUUGUUAGCCUGGACAAUGAUGAAAGUGACUACCAAAGAUACAGGUAUUUUAUCCUUCACAAGUUGCCAAACCUGAAGUUUCUGGAUGCAAGAAAAGUUACAAAAAAAGAAUAUGAAGAAGCAGCAACCAGGGGUGCCUUCAUGAAAGUGGUGAAACCCAAAGAUGAUCUGGCCUCCAGUGACACUGGCUCAAAUUCAUCAGGCUUUCAGCAAUAUACCCCUUUACCUCAAGGAAGUCGGGAUGGCACUAAUCACAAAGGUGUUUUUGCAAAAUGUCGCUAUGUCUAUCAUGGAAGGCACUCAGAGGGGAACAGAUUCAUCCGUGAUGAUCAGCUUUAAGAACAUUUCUGUUAGGCUACCUGCUUUCACCUUUCUAUAUAUAUUAUACUAGAGCUGAAUAUUUAUCAAAAUGCAAAGAAACAGAGAAUACAACGUCAGCCUGCUAGUGUCUUCUGCUGACUUUGCCAUGCCUGUCAAGAUCAACCUUUCAGCCUAGUCUGAGCAGGCACAUAGAGAUUGACAUGAUUGCCUUUAAGCAGGUCCCUUCUAUCGCCAUGACAGACAGCUGCACCGAGGCUGUAUGCCUGACAGGAUGAGCCUCAUGAUGGAUUGCCUGGUACAACUGCUGCUCAUGGGAGGGCAGAGGUCACACCUGAGGUUGAACUGAGCAUGCUUACUGCAUCACUCCAAGUUCCAGAAAGUCACAUUAAGCCCUUACUGCACUCAUUACAAUGACUUGUUGUUGAGUAAUGGGAAAAUUCUGUUCCAUUUUAUAUAUGGCCAUGGACAAGAUGAAAUGAAUAGUCAUAUUAAACCGUAAAUCCCAUUGACUGACCAACAUUAUUUCAGGGACUUUAUCUUGAUUUAUCUUUUGCCUUAUGGGUCUUAUUUUGAGGUUGGGAAGAUUAAAUAUCAGCUCCAUUAGAUGAGAUUCUCUUUUUAACUUUGAUCAGUGACGGUUCACUAACAAAAUUGACAACUCUAGCAGGCUGAAUAGAUUGUACUUGUAUCUCUGUGUGGCUUUGACUUUUGAUGUAUUGAAAACCCAGUCUACCUUUACUGCAACUUUUUUCUUAAGCAGCAGAUCAUUUCUGAACUGUGUUUUUUUUUAAUGUCACACUUGCUGUCUCUUACCGAAUUUAAGUGGGAUUUGCAAUUUAUCAGUGCUGUAAAAGAUAGAGAAAAAAAAUCUUUCGGGCUCAUCUGUGUUUAAAACCAAUUCAAUCGGGGUCAGUCUUUUUUGUAAGAGACUUUUCAGUUAUUUUUAGUGCAAGCAAUGCAGCAGCAAGAUAAUCUGACAACAUUAAAUUCAUUUUUUUCCACACAGUAUGGUGUUGUAUGUGGCUACUCUUUUGGUCAUGUGUUUUUCUAUUUCUACACUGUACAGUAUUUGGUUUUUCUACAAUGGACAUGUUGCUGUUUUAUAUUUAACACUGUCUAAACAUUUAGUUAUACUUGUUUUUCUACAUAGUACAGCAUUGUGGUUUUGUCAAAUUUGAUGCAGUAACUAAAUGUUUGGAUGCACGUUUUCUGUACAUAACUUCUCUGUGCUGUCUUAUUUAAUACAGAUGAUGUUCUAAGAAUCUCAAGUUUACAGUUUUUCACUGGAUCCAUUGAAAACAUUGAGUAGUGAGGAGUAAAAUUUACUGUAAAGCAGAUAGCCUGUCUAAACAAUAUGAAAUUCUUACAAGUAUUAUUUACAUAUGCUAAAAAUGUUAUGUUACAUUGUUUGGGCUUGAAAGCUAACAAUGUGGAAUUCUUCACUUUAUUAAUCUGUGCCUUAUACACACUGCAGUAAUUUAUGUUCCCAAUUUUGCAAAACAUACUAAUGGCAGUUUAGCUCUGAUGAUUGUUUCACUUCUUAAUAAAAUAAAAGCAUUCACUAAA